UGCAAAUAAAUCGCUUGUCAGGUGAUUACAAUGUUUAAAUACAUCAAUUCAAUUUGCUCGCAUUAAUUCCAAUAUAUAUUUGCUCACGUUGAAUUUUGAUUUUCUUUCUUUGUGGUUGCAUGCUUCUAAUCACACGUGAACAAAUCAUAUGUAUGUGACACCAGCACGCAAUUCAAGUAGGUAUUAGUGUUUAAAUCUGGUUUAGUAGACACAGCUAAUAUUACUUGAGUUCACCAAAUCGAUCGGUACAGUCAGUCGUGUGAUUGAUUUAGUAUCGAAUGGACGAAUAACGAAAAACAAGAGAACCGAUUCAAAUUCACUUAUUUGGUUUUUUUUCUGUUCGCUGAAAGUGACCACUUUUAAAUUACACUUCGACACACCGAGAGAACCAUUUCGAGACAUUAUUGUUUGUUUUGUUAUCUUUUCUGUGAACAAUUACUGAACGAAAUUGAAGAAGAAAAGAAAAAAACGACCACAACUCAACGAAAUCGACAUUGAUUUGCAAACAUUGAUCGGCAAAAAUGGCUGAAGUUUUAGAAAAACGAGAAACGACACCAUCAUCACUUCAUGUGCCCGCAGUCGAAAAGCGAAUAAUUCGAAUGCGAUCACCGUCGCCAGGUCUGCGUGGACGCAGUCAAACCCCGAUUCGAGGACGUAGUGUGACUCCAUAUCAACUUUUCCGUGAAAAAAGUGCCACACCAACGGUGUGGCGAAGCAUUACGCCAUUCAUUUCACGUGAAGAAAAGGAGAAAACUCCAUUCGAAAUCGGAGCAAAUAUUUUGCAACAGUUGGCUUCAUACCAGGCUAUCAUCGAUAAAGCCUUAGUCAUGGAUAUUUCAUUGGAAGAAGAGCGACCAGCAAAGUUCAUCUUAUCGGAGCACUCGGUAAUCGACAGAGCGGCCGUUAUGGAUUUAUCAAAUGUGGAAAUCAUUUACGUUGAAGAUGAUGACGAAUUGGAAGAAUCGGAUUAUCGCGAAUCCGAAUCACCUGCUUCUGUAAAUGAAUCACAUGCACCGAGUGAAGAUAGAGAAAGAUCUGCUGAUCUUACCGCUGGCUCGGACGAUGAAGGAGGAGCACCUGCGGGCGAAAAGAAGAAAAAAACAAAAAAAGCCGCCAAGAAAGUCGUCAAAAAGAAGGAGAAAAAAGAAAAAGAACCAUCGCCACCAAAAUUGAAAUUGGAUCUGGGAGACUCCAAACCAAAAGUGAACAAAGCCAAAAUGUUCGAAAAGGCGGCCGAAGAAAAGCCAUUAGACAAACCACCACCAAAGAAAAAGGCAGGUGGAAAAUUGACUGGUGCUUUGGCUGCAAUGAAAGCCGAAGAGAGCAAGAUGAAGGAAGCCGAAGAGCAGAAAAAGCAAAUCGAAGAAAAAAUGAAAAAAAUGAAGGCCGAACAGGACGCAAAGAAAGUUCAGGCCGCUGAAGAAAAAGCUGCAGCUGAAGCAGCUGCAGCAGCAGAAGAGGAGGAGGAUGAAGAUAGAGAAGAUCAAGAGGAUGGAUCGGAACGAGGAAGUGAUGAUGAGGGCGACGAACAUUCAGGCUCUGGUUCCGGUUCCGGUUCUGGAUCGGAUGGUGAGGGUGACGGAGAAGAACAGGAAGAUGAAGAGCUCGGCGAAGAGGAGCAAGGUGAAGAAAACGAUGGACGUCGAGCGUCUAAUGCAUCAUCGGUAGACGAUUUCUAUAAACCGAAUCCAGAAGAGGAAGGUUUGUGGUCGAAAUUGGAUGAAGUCGAACAAGGAAUUAUCCGAUCCAAAUAUCAGAAGGAAGAAUUCAAAAAAAUGACGGAACGCGAACGAUUCUUCGCAUUCCAGCGAGCUCGUGAACAAGCUCGAAUUCCACGUAUUCAUUCACACAUAAGAGAUGUUACAAUAUCCGAAGGAAAUAAUGUUAAAUUGACAUGUACAGCCAGCGGUCCGGAAUUAAAUAUUCGUUGGUUGAAAGAUGGAAAUCCCGUUGAGAAAACACUCAGAACACGUAUUCUGGUCAAUGAAGGAAUUCUCAGUUUGGAGAUUUUACGUGCAACAGCUAGCGAUUCGGGCGAAUACACAUGUUCGCUGACCAAUCAAAACGGCGAAGCGGCAACAUCGGCCAUUGUCACCGUCUAUGAAAUCAUGAAGGAUGACCCAACUCCACCAACGUUCAUUACUGCACGAGACUAUUACCAUCUAAACGAUGACGUUUUGGGCAUUGAAGUGCAUUGCACCGGUGUUCCAAGACCAAAAGUACAAUGGCAACACGAUAUGUUCGUCCUUCAACCAAGCUUCAAAUACACACUUCUGGAAGAGGCGCAUGGUGUGUACAAAUUAGAAGUAUACAAACCAGCGGCCAAAGAUAGCGGAAAGUAUAUUUGUACAGCGACCAAUUCUGUUGGCGAGGCUGUGAUCGAGCAUGAAGUGCAAUUCAUCGGAAAACCAACUCAUUUCCAUCUUCAUGGUUUGCAUCAUGCCCACACUGAGUAUCAAAAGGAGAAGGAAGAACAGGCGAAACGUGCGAUGGAAGACGCGUUGAAAGCCAAAGAGGAAUAUGAAUUGAGGCGAGUCGGCAAGUUGCCGCCAAUCGUCAAACGAGAUGAUACACCAAAUGUACCACAAAAAGAUCGUUUAAAAUUCGCUUCACAAUUGCGAGACCGUACCGCAUUAAUUGGCAACAAAGUGAAGUUCACUGUGUCAGUUAUUGGACCGGAUCCAAAUAUUCGUUGGCUUAAGGAUGGAAACGGAUUACAAUAUGGCCCGAAUAUGCGUAUUGCGACGGCCGAAGGUAUGAGUGUUGUGGAGAUCAUCAAUUUGACGACCGAUCAUACGGGCGAAUACAAGUGUGUCGCACGAAACAAUUUUUCCGAAGUAACCACUCAGUGUUAUCUGAAGGUGUACGAUGCAAAAUCAGAAGGUGAUAAAGAAGCGCCAUUAUUUGUGCUUUCGAUGCGGGAUGUGUAUCACGGCCCUGAAAAAGAUCUAGUUAUCGAUUGCAAAGUUCGUGGCAAUCCAAGGCCAUUGAUUGUGUGGACGAAAGACGAAUUGCCGAUCGAAUUUGACGAACGAAUGCAACAGGUCGAACAUUUAGACGGCAUUUGCGAACUGAUCAUUAACAAACCGACACCGAAAGACAGCGGCAAGUAUACGUGCACAGCUACAAAUAAUAUUGGUACAUCAACGACUUCACAUCAAGUGGAGUACACAACGCAUCCAUCGUUGCCAGGUAGCAGACGUGACUCGGGAAUGGCUUCGUCCGUAGCUGAAAGCGACACAGAGAAAGAUGAAAAGGGCGAUGAAAAGAAAGACGAUAAAGCUGCCAAAGGAAAAGGUGCUAGAAAACUGCCACCAUCUGAGAAGAAAGCUGAAAAUUAUGAGAGACGUCGUCCGGCCGCACCAACUAUUGAGGAACUAUUGAAAGCAAGUCGCAUGAAAUUAUCAUUUGUAACACAUUUGACAAAUCGCGUAUUCCCAGAGGGUACUAAGAUCAAGUUAUCGUGUGUGGUGCAAGGGCCUGAUCCAAAUAUUCGUUGGUUGUUCAAUGAUCAGCCAAUUGUUUAUAGUCCACGCGUUCGAAACUUGAGCAAGGAAGGAUUAUGCGUUCUCGAAAUUGCCACUUCUAAUUUGGACGAUUCAGGCGUUUAUACGUGCAUCGCGCGUAACCAAGAAAGUGAUAUUUCGUGCAGCUGCAAUGUUCAAGUCUAUGAAACUAAGUCAACAGCUGAAUUUGCACCAACCUUCACUAGAUCCUUAAAAGACACCUAUCAUUUGAAUAUCAACGAAUUGUAUUUGGAAACACAUGUUCGGGGAAAUCCACCGGCGAAAGUUGAAUGGUUCAAGGAUAGUGUAGAUAUUUCACGCGAUAAUCCAAAAUAUCAGAUAGUUGAUCAUCCUGAUGGAUUGUGUGAAAUGAUUGUCAACUUCCCGAAUCAGAACGAUAGUGGGAAAUAUGUGUGCAAAGCCAUGAAUAAAUGCGGAACAACGGAGAUCGGUCAUUAUGUGCUAUUUGAAGGAAAGGAACAUCAUAUCGCUGAAAAUAUUCAUGGGGUUUACCAUGCCGACCAUAGUCGUGUUGAUCGUGCCAAAUCUGAGGCCCAUCAUGGUUUGACCGAUGAAUCAGUGGAAUCUGGUGCAGCUGAAGAGGAAAAGGGCAAGAAGGGUGGCAAAGGACAAAAAAAAACACCAUCUCGUCCUGAAACUCCUUCAGCACCAGCUGCUUCGGCCCCAGCACCACCAGCCAAAAAGGAGCCACGUGAAUCUCGUAUUGGCAUCAAUUUCCCAACUAAAUUGUCGAAUCGUGUUGUUGCAGCUGGUUCAAAAGUUAAGCUCACUUGCUAUUUGGAGGGUGCUGAUCCGUCAAUAAGAUGGUUCAAGGACGAUCAACCAGUAGUAUACUCACCAAAAUUACGCCAAAAUCAACUGAACGGAUUGUGUUCUUUGGAAUUUACAACUGCCGCCAUUGAUGACUCUGGUGAAUACAAGUGUUGGGCACGAAACACUUCGGGCGAAACAUCGACCAGCUGCACACUUGAGGUGUUCAGCAGCGGUGAUUCGGCCGAUUUGAGUCCAACAUUUACACGAUCAGUGAAGGAAACAUACAAUUCAAAGAUAAACGAAAUUAACAUCACUUGCCACGUUCGUGCAAUUCCAAAGGCAUCAAUUACAUGGUCUAAAGAUGGUAUCACUAUCGAACCAAGCGAUAAGUAUCAGUUGAUUGAACAUGAUGACGGACUUUGUGAAUUGAAUAUCAGUGAUGCUACCAAACAAGAUAAUGGAAAAUAUGGAUGUAUUGCUGAAAACCGUGCCGGAAAAACGGAAACAUCGCACAUCGUUCAAAUUACAAUUCGUGAACAACGUUCGAGCGUUUCGAGCCUGUCUUCAAUCAAAGAGUCACCACCAACUCCAGUACCUGAGGAGGCUGAUGAUAAAUCAGCCGCUGGCAAGGGCAAAGGUCAGCCACGUCAAAAGAAGGAAGCUGCACCAUCUGGAGGUGGAAGACGUUAUGGACCUGUUGCUCCACCCGAUCCAAAGCAACAUCUACAUUUCAUUGCUUUCCUGAACGAUCGCACUAUUCCAGUUGGAGGAAAAACCAAAAUAUCUUGCUGGGUUGGUGGGCCCGAUCCUCAAGCCCGUUGGUUUAAAGACGAAAAUCCUUUGGUGAUGAGUCCUCGAGUUCGCGUCGAAGCAAGAGACGGUUUAUUGACUUUAAUGAUUCAAAGUGCAGUGGUAGAAGAUGCCGGCGAUUAUCGUAUUUUGGUUCGCAAUCCAGCAAGCGAAAUCACUUCGUCGUGUACACUAAACGUUUAUGAAACUAUUACACCAACUGCUACAGUUCCACUGUUUACCAAUUCGAUCAAAGAUUUGAGGUAAGACGAAAUUUGUAGU